CGUCACUAUGACCGAUCUUGUUACGUCUGCAUCUGCGUAUACUCCGCUGGAGGUUCCCCUGCCUGCAGCUCCGGAUACCUCCUUCUUUUCCGAGGCGCAAUGGAGGACCCUAUUUGCUUUGGCAGAUGCUAUAAUCCCGUCCAUUCGAACAGCUGCCACCGUCAAGUCAUCAACUGAUAAGGUUAUUUCAACGGCGGAAUGGGACUCGGCCGUGACCAAGCUGUCCUCGUUGAUCCCCAGCCCCGAUGCUGCAAAGAUUGCGGCUGUCUAUUUGGAAGAAGAUGUCUCGUCGAAUCCCCUCUUCUGUGCAUAUGUGGAGCGAAUUAUGGGCCACUAUGUUCAUGAGGAAGGAAAGAGUGGCUUUGGAAUGAUUAUGAAUGCACUUAACACGCGAGCGGGCUCAUUGAUCCUAACUGGAUCUACAACACCAAUUCAUCAACAGCCGGUGGCCUUCCGUGAAAAGGUCUUCAAAGGAUGGGACUCUUCCCGACUACCACCCCUCCGUGCAGUUUAUCGUGGUCUCACCGCAAUUGUCAAGAAGUCAUGGGUAAUGGCGAGCCCGACGAUGAACCAGGUCCUCGGAUUCCCUCGCGUUCCAGUCCAUGGCAAGCCCACCGAUGGAUUCCCCUAUGAAUUCCUGCAUUUCCCUGCGGGAGACCAACCCGAGACGCUUGAAACCGAUGUGGUCAUUGUCGGAAGUGGCUGCGGUGGUGCUGUGACUGCAAAGAAUCUGGCCGAGGCGGGUCUUCAAGUGCUUGUGGUUGAAAAGUCAUACUCCUACUCCAGCAAGUCGUUCCCCAUGACGCCAAACGAGGCAUACGUCAACAUGUUCGAAAAUGCUGGCGCGACUAUCAGCGAAGACGGAACGAUGGCAGUCCUGGCAGGUUCAACCUGGGGAGGUGGUGGUACGGUCAAUUGGUCUGCUGCCCUCCAGACUCAGGCUUAUGUUCGUCAAGAGUGGGCCGAUACUGGCUUGCCCUUCUUCACGUCACUCGAGUUUCAGCGAAGCUUAGACCGUGUCUGUGACCGUAUGGGAGUCAACACCGAGCAUAUCGUGCAUAACCGCCAGAAUAAUGUCAUCUUGGAAGGUGCACGCAAGCUCGGCUAUGCUGCCAAGGCAGUGCCACAAAACACUGGUAAUAGCGAGCAUUACUGCGGUUACUGCACACUGGGUUGCCAUUCCACCGGCAAGAAGGGUCCCACGGAAUCUUUCCUAGCGGAUGCCGCCAAGGCCGGAGCAAUCUUCAUCGAAGGAUUCAAAGCGGAUAAGGUAACGUUCGACAAGAAGACGAAUAAUGGCAAGCGGGUUGCGGUCGGCGUGGAAGGUACUUGGACCUCGCGCGAUUCGUACCUCGGCCUCAGCGGCGAUGGCGCUGUGAAACGCAAAUUGAUUAUCAAGGCGAAGAAGGUGGUUGUUUCAUCGGGUACCUUGAACAGCCCUCUUUUGCUACUCCGGAGUGGCCUCAAGAAUUCACAGAUUGGAAAGAAUUUGCAUCUGCAUCCAGUCAUGGGUGCCGGCGCCGUAUUUGACGAGUCAGUUCGCCCUUGGGAAGGCGGAGCUUUGACGACCGUUGUCAACGAAUUCGAGGAUCUGGAUGGACAUGGUCACGGAGUGAAGAUUGAAGCCGUGGCAAUGAUGCCAUCCGUGUAUAUUCCAGUCUUCCCCUGGCGGGACGGGCUGGACUACAAGAUGUGGGCCGCGAGCAUGAGUCGCAGCACCAGCUUCAUCACGCUGACCAAGGAUCGUGAUGGUGGACGAGUCUUCCCUGACCCUGUUGAUGGCCGACCUCGAAUUGACUACACUGUCUCUCCGUUCGAUCGCCGUCACAUCGUGGAGGGCAUCAUCGCCGCUGCAAAGAUUGCAUACAUCACCGGCGCUAAGGAGUUCCACACGACUUAUCGCGAUAUCGCGCCUUUCAUCCGCCCUGAUGCGUCCAACCCGGAUGCGCCGGAGGGAACCAAUGAUGUGGCUUUGCAGAAUUGGAUCGCCGAGCUUCGUCGCAAGUCCCCCCUGAAUCCUGAACGGGGUUUGUUUGCUAGCGCGCAUCAAAUGGGAACCUGCCGAAUGGGCAAGAACCCCAAGUCUAGUGUGGUGGAUCCCGACUGUCAGGUUUGGGGUACCGAUGGUCUAUAUGUGGUCGACGCAUCGGUCUUCCCCAGUGCCAGUGGUGUCAAUCCCAUGGUCACUAACAUGGCUAUUGCCGACUGGGCCAGCCGGAAUGUCGCUCGGGUGUUGGGAAAGCCCCGAAGUGAGCGGAAUGGCAUGGCUCGCCUGUGAGAGCAGGCUGUAUAUACUCAUGUGUUGAUUUAUGUCUAUAAUUUUAUACCCAUCUCUCUCAUGUUGAUGUUGAAAGAUUCUCU